UCAUAAUCUCUGGUAAAGUUGGCGUUUCAUUUCCCUCGAUGUGCUUCGUUCUGUUAAAGACUCAAUCACUGUUAACUGUGUAAUUUCAUUUACAGAAAAAAGCGUAGAAUUUUAAAACUGAAUUUUAUAUUACGCACUGUAUUUGGUGUUUGCAUGGAUAGUUUUAUUUGUCAUGAGUAAAGGCGGUGAACAAAAUGGUGUGCAGUAUGUGGUAUCCUUGCCGGCGCAGGAACAGCAUCUGAAUUUGAAAAAAGUCAGUUUGAAGCAUAUUCCUACAUUGGCAGUGACACAGAUAGUUAAAUGCACAAAUCUGGUAACAUUGACACAUGGCUCAAAUUCGUCCAGUGCAAACAUUAAAAGAAGUAUUGACAAUAAUGAAAAGUUAACAGUAGUAUCAGAAAUUGAUCAUCAAGGUGAAGUUAGUGGAGAUUUGCGUGAAAAUGAAGUGCUUAAUAUAGAACAAGUGCCAAAGAGAUUGAAGACUGAUGUAUCAAUGCAAAGUUUAAGAAAAAAUGUGAGAGAUGAAACAGAUGUAAGGUCUGACGUAAUAACUAAUGAUAAAAUAUCAGAUGGUAUUGGAACUGAUGAUGAAUGGGAUGAAGAUACUUUGGAAGAGUUUGAUGAUGUAAGUGAUACUUACAUUAACAGACCAUCACAAUUUAAAACAGGAAGAAAAAGAAGCACAUCAAAGGAUGAAGCGCACUACUAUACCAGUAGUAAUUCAUUUAAGUCCAGAAGAAUACGUGACAGUGUAGAUAAAAAGAAAGGCAAACCAAAGUUAUUCCGAGCUGAGUGGUUGACUAUUGAUAUAUUUAGAGAUUGGUUAGCUAGAGAUCCAACUAACCCAAGCAAGGCAAGGUGCUUAGCAUGUAAUACAACAAUGAAUGCAGGUAAAAGUGAACUUGAGAAACAUGCUACUGGGGCAAGGCAUUGUCAAAAUGUUCAAGUUAUGCAGAAUCAGCAGAUGCUUCUGUAUCAAGAAGGCGAUGAAGUGUCAGAUAUGAUGACCAAUGUUGAGGUGUCGCUUAGUGAAGAAGAACCUGUUGGAGGGGAUGACAUCCAGAGUCAUUAUCAAGAACAACAAUUGGAAGCAUUGAAUAAGAUAGCUGCUUCAGUGGAUAACCUUGCUUCAAAUGUUACAAUCUUUUUUGAAAAAAUGUGUUCCAAUCAAGAGACUCUAAUCCAAGUUCUUCAACAACUAGUUUCAAAAUGAGUAAUUUUUUAAGUGACCUUUGUUUCUGUAUUAUGUACUAUGCAGCAGAAAAAUAAAAUGUUUUGUAAAUUUUUGACAACA